AGAGUCGCGGCACCGGAGCUCCGGAGCUCCGAUUCGUGCUAGUAUUAGUACGGUAUCGGUCGAGUGUACAUCGACGGUAUGUGACACUUUUGGUGCCAAACAACAUUGCCAUGAGCCCAGCGUCUUCGGGCACUCUGGAAGUGGAAAAAUACAUCGGUGCAUGUCUAAUAUCGUCGCAAAGUCGACCGAAAACGGUCAAUAUAAACUCUCGCGAGGUGUUUUUCUCCCGACUUCCUGAUGUUUAUCCCGGAAGUUACGUGAAUUUCGACGGGAGAUUCCGCAUACAGAGAUGCAACGCGGUGGACAGAUGGGCCGGUGGCAUGCCCUUGAUCUCCUUCGCAAACCACCAGAAAAGAAAUCGAAGAGUUGAAGAUGCGAAAGAAGAAAAGAAUCCUUUAGCCAGACUAGCGGUGCACACCCAAGGGGCACCUUUAAUCCUCACCAAAAAUUUUACACGAAGGAAUAAACAGAAGAAGAAUUUUGAAAAUGGGAAGAAGACGAAUCAGAAUAGUGUUGUGGACACUGUCAGUGUGACCAGUGAUGAAAGCUCAGGUUCUGCCAAUUCGGAUAAUUGUCUUCCUCGGAUAAUCAAACCGCGAAAAAGGCGAAAAAAAGACAGAAAGCCAGCGGUUCUAGGCCGGAAUUUGGGCCAAGAUGGGUUUUCAACAGAUAGUGCUAGUCCCGAUAUUGAUACAAUCCCUGUCAGUGUUCUUCAAAGUUAUACUCCUUUCAUCUUUGACCCACACACUUACGGAUUAGUUCCUGAAACAUUGUCAUUAAAUCAACAAAAAUUUGAAUUCAACAACGAGUCAGAAACACCUCAGUUGCAUCACUCGUUUGAAGACGUCGAAGAAUCAGACGAUGUUGAUAUUAAUGGCAAUCAGACUGUUUGUCAAUGUCGAUACUGUGAUCCUUCCGGUCAGAUUUGGGACGUCGACAGGAAUUGUUAUUCUCCGUUUCUAACAGCGCCGAUGAGAAAAUUGGAAAGUUUUCUUCCGAGAUUCAGCGAUUUCGAUGACGAUUGUUUGAUACACGCCAUGUCUUCGGUUUCUCUCGAUGAAGAAAAGGAAAAGAACGAUUCAAAAACACUCGUACCUUGUUCGGGCGAUUUGGAAGUCUCAACGGAAAUUGUGACGUCUUUAAAUGGACAUCGUGACAUUGAAAUUAAAUUUUUUUCAUCGAGUACUGAUAACGUGCGUGUCUCGGAGAGACAAUCGUGCGAGAGUGUAAAUAAAGAGUGUAAAUUUGUAUCUGAAGAAUAACAAAAAAAUCAUAAUUUUGAUCUCUACACUUCAACGAUUUCAUGGUUUAUUUUUUAGCUUUCACUCUUUUCGUUGUUUGUUUUUUCCGCAUGUAUCAUUAUUAAACUUUGGUAGGGAACUUUCUACGUAAAGUUUACUGGUCCAUACGGAAAACCAACCCACCAUGCAAUGAAAUUUUUGACUGGUUGGGUGGAAUUUCUUAUUUAUUUAUGUUUCACAUUGUGUAGUUUUAGUUUUUUGUACUUCUGUUCUUUUAGGUUUAUUUUUAAAAAUACUUAUGUUAAGUAUUUUACUUUAAUCUUGCAAAUUAUGUUAGUUCUUGCAUUGGAUUAGAUGUAUGCACCUUCAUAUUUUACGUUAUGUACAUACAUCAUCAAUAAAUGCCUUCAUUCAUUAAA